UUUCUCUUCACCGCCACCAUCCACUACCACUACUGUUAAUAACUAGCUAGCAGCAGCAGCAACUGGUGGUCGAUCACCAAUUUUGACUCUAACCACCGUUCGAUUCGUUUGUGAUCAAGGAAAGAAUGGUUACCGUCGAUGAAGUCCGGAAGGCACAGCGGGCCGAGGGCCCCGCCACGAUCAUGGCCAUCGGAACAGCGACUCCGCCGAAUUGUGUUGAUCAGAGCGCAUAUCCGAACUACUAUUUUCGUAUCACAAACAGCGAGCACAAGACCGAGCUCAAGGAGAAGUUUAAGCGCAUGUGUGAAAAAUCAAUGAUCAAGAAGCGUUACAUGUACUUGACUGAGGACAUCCUGAAAGAAAACCCUAGCAUGUGCGAAUACAUGGCCCCAUCACUUGAUGCGAGGCAGGACAUGGUGGUUGUUGAGGUCCCAAAAUUAGGCAAAGAAGCAGCCACAAAGGCAAUCAAACAAUGGGGCCAGCCCAAGUCCAAGAUAACCCACUUGGUCUUUUGCACCACUAGUGGUGUGGACAUGCCCGGCUGUGACUACCAGCUCACCAAACUAUUGGGUCUGCGUCCCUCCGUCAAGCGCCUCAUGAUGUACCAACAAGGCUGUUUCGCUGGUGGCACCGUCCUCCGCCUGGCCAAGGACCUUGCCGAGAACAACAAGGGGGCGCGUGUACUUGUCGUGUGCUCGGAAAUUACUGCGGUGACCUUCCGUGGGCCUAGUGAUACCCACCUUGAUAGUCUCGUGGGCCAGGCCCUGUUUGGUGAUGGGGCUGCUGCUAUCAUCGUGGGUUCGGACCCGGUGCCAGGGGUCGAGAGGCCUUUGUAUGAACUAGUCUCGACAGCCCAAACAAUCCUGCCCGAUAGUCAUGGGGCCAUCGACGGGCAUCUCCGCGAAGUUGGGCUUACAUUUCAUCUUCUCAAGGAUGUUCCUGGGCUUAUUUCGAAGAACAUUGCCAAGAGCUUGGAAGAGGCAUUCCAGCCUUUGAACAUCUCGGACUGGAACUCACUUUUCUGGAUCGCGCACCCUGGUGGGCGGCCUAUUCUGGACCAAGUUGAGGAGAAGUUGGGCCUGAAGCCCGAAAAAUUACGGGCCACAAGACAAGUGCUUUCUGACUAUGGAAACAUGUCAAGUGCAUGUGUGCUGUUUAUUUUGGAUGAGAUGAGGAAGAAGUCUGCUGAAGAUGGGCUUAAGACCACUGGAGAAGGGCUUGAGUGGGGAGUGCUAUUUGGAUUUGGGCCUGGGCUUACUGUUGAGACUGUGGUGCUUCAUAGCGUUGCUAAUUGAAGUGGGCCUUCAAUAAUUGGGUUUGGGCCUGGCCCUUCUAUGUUUGGCUUCCAUUUCUGGCUUUCUUUUUCGUUUCUGGGUCUUCCAAUUUUUAUUUGUAUUUUUGCGUACGUGUUUAAUUUCUUAUGUCUAUGAAGUUAUGCUGCAAUUCAAAUCAUGAUGAAUAAUAUGUUGUUUGCUUUAUGUCAU